AUGGCAUCGGCUUCAAUGGCGACGGAGUACGAGCUCAAAAGACUGGAGAACAUUAGACGGAACGAUGAGAUGAUGGCGGCUCUCAAAGUCCAUGCUAAAGCGUCUCUUCUCUCCGCCGCAACAAAACCAUACAAGAAGAAGAAUCAGCAGAAGAAGAAGAAAGAACCUGAAGCUCCCAUCGUCACACGUCAGUCUCUGCGCACCAGAGGCUUAACCCCAGAUUCCGAUGGCUUACCCGAUGGUUUCUCAGAUUGUCCGAAAGGUACCGUUAUUCCCAGUUACGUAUCGCUUCGUGUAUUGGCUCCUCUGCCUUUAGAUGAUUCCCAUACGCAAUUCGUCGACACCAUUUCGGGUAUUGCGAGAAAGCCGAAAUUUGAUGAUUCAAUUGUUAAGAAUGAGGAUGGUGAUGAUGAUUCUCCUAUGGGAAGAUUUGAUCUUAGAUCCUUGUGUUUAGAGCCGGAAAACGUAAGACGUGUACACCCUGAGAGGAUUAUUGUUGUAAAGUUCUUACCUUGCGAUGAUGUUAAGCUGAUUGCUGCUGGAGACAAAGAUGGGAAUAAUUUGGGUCAAGAGGAUGAUGACGGGAUCUCUCUGUUUCAGCCUCACACUGCUAUAGUUAUUAGCAGCAGCUACGAUGGUCUAAUAAGGUUGAUGGAUGUUGAAAAGAUGGUUUUUGAUCUGGUUUAUUCGAGGGACGAGCACGAGCGUAUAUUUUGCCUCUCGCAGAGACCAAACGAUGAGCAAAGCUUGAGAAGGAAUGUUGAAUGUAUGAGACCUUCGAGCAGGAAAGUCAUCUUUUGCCAAUGGGAUUUACAUAAAUACAGGAUAUACACCAUUGACUUUAACCCUCGAAAUCCAAAUGUUAUGGCUACAAGUUCUCAAGAUGGUACUGCUUGUCUUUGGGACAUGAGAUUCAUGGGAGGAAACAAGAAACCAAAUAGAUUGGCUACUGUUAAUCAUGCUAAGUCUGUGCACUCCACUUAUUUCUCACCUUCUGGCCUUUCACUUGCAACUACAAGGCAUCUUGUUACAACUUUAGGGUUUUGUUUUUUCCUUUGUAGCCGUGACAACUAUGUUGGUAUUCUAAGUGGAGCGAAUUUUGAGGAUAGUUCCAUGAUAUAUCACAAUAAUAACACCGAUAGAUAUAUCUCUAGUUUCAGAUUCCAUUGCCAUCCUAUUAAUGUUGGGAUGCUUGCAGGAUCUACUGUUGGAGGAGAGGUCUAUGUUUGGACAACAAAGUAG